AUGCGUAAGAUUGCAUCAAAGUAUGUACUGAAUCCGGUUGAUUGCAUUCUACCGAAAGGAAUGUUUUAUCCAUCACAUGUUCUGGAUUGCCUCUGCAAUAAAUUUAUUCCAGAUAAGGUUGCGUUAAUUGUGUUCGUAACCGCUUCUGAGACAUACGAUGAGACCACAUCGGCAGCUCAAUACUUCCUUCAUAUGGCCUCGCAAACGGGCAUUCCGAUUAUCGCAUGGAACGCUGAUAAUGCUGGAUUUACAUUCGAUGAGGUGAAUUCGCUUGAAAAACAAAUAAAAUGA